AGUACAUACUAUAAAGGUGCGGUGAGCUAUAGUUGCUAAAGAUUGGGGGGCUAAAGAGGGGCUGAUCUGACAGUAGCAAUACGUAAAAAUAAAUUAUUUUAAAUUAAAUAUUUUUAAUAUUAAAAACCCAUUAUUUACUUAUGUUACAAUAUAAUUAAUUGUUAAAAUGACUGUUGUAAAUUGUAUUUGUGUCAUGUGACUUGUGUUAUUGUGCUGAUUGUUCGAAUGAUUAUGUACGUAUUUUUCAAAUCUAUGCCGCCGGUUUUGUACAUAAAAACUCACUGAGUUUUAUUACUUUGAUAUUAAAAUUAAGCGACUUUUAGUAUCUACUUUAUUAUUUAUGAAGAGAUUAAUGCCGAUCUACUGAUCAAAGACUACAAUUUUUAUUGUAAAGAUCAAGAGAAUCAGUUCAAGCACCAGCUGAAAAUUAUAUAAACUGGAGGAUAAACAUAAAUUGGCAUGGGCUUACUUCGACUAUCAUUGAAAAGAUGCUUUCUAUACGUAUUUUGUGCAACUGUAAUGAUCUUACUGGUGAUGAACGUACGUCAAAAAGAACUGUGGCACUCAAUACGAGCUGAUGGACAAUCACAAUCAAUACGGCCUCUUCCGGACACGAAUAAGAUUAAGACGAAACUUUCAUUGCCGUUGAAAACAAAGAAGCCGUCAACGGUGAUUCCGCGUGUAAGGUCAAUUACACAGGACAAACGAUUCAAUAAAAUACUUGAGCUUUCAAAUGUAACGGGAACGACGAGCUUACCCGAAGCCAUUCCCGAUUUUUCUGACCCAUCGAAGAGGCCAUGGUACAUGAAAGGUGGAACAAAGCGACCUGUUCCUGCUGUUAAAUCUAAAAGAACUGGACGAAGAAUAGCAAGAUUAUGGCCUGAUGAAGAUCAAAACGAUGAUCGUAUCACAAAUCAGUUGAUGUUCAUACCGCCAGAUUAUGACAAAAGUUCCGAACGUCGGCCAAAAAAGAUAAUGAUUCCUCAUGGAAUGAAUGAAGCAAAAGUUGGCGGUGAAUUAUUCCAAUGGUUGGGUUGUCCUGUUAGUAAUUGUGUGAUUACACGCGAUAAUCCUGACUCCGCAGAUUUAAUAUUAUUUAAAGACUAUGUAACUCACAUAGGUCGUAGAUCUCCUAAUCAGAUUUGGAUGCUGUAUUUUCUCGAGUGUCCCUAUCACACACAAGCAGUUAAGAAUGCGAUUGUUAAUUUAACAGCAACAUAUCGCAGAGACAGUGAUAUUGUCGCUCCUUACGAACGAUGGCAGUAUUAUGAUCCCAGAGUAACGCAAAUAUCACAAACAUUUAACUAUGCAGCGAAUAAAACUAAAAAAGUUGCUUGGUUUGUGUCCAAUUGUCAUGCUCGUAAUCAACGAAUGCAAUACGCCAAAGAAUUAUCAAAAUAUAUUCAAGUUGAUAUUUACGGAGCAUGCGGCAGCUUGAGAUGUUCGCGAUCCCAAGCACAAACUUGUUUUGAAAUGUUAGAUAUUGACUACAAAUUUUAUUUAGCCUUUGAAAAUUCAAAUUGCCGCGACUAUAUCACGGAAAAAUUUUUUGUCAAUGGACUGGGGCACAACAUUUUGCCCAUCGUAAUGGGCGCGCACCCAACAGAUUAUGCUAAAAGUGCGCCCUAUCGUUCUUAUAUUCACGUAGAUGAGUUUGAAUCACCGCGCGAAUUAGCCGACUAUCUUCAUCGGCUUGAUCGCGACGAUGAAUUAUAUAACUCUUAUUUCAAAUGGAAAGGCACCGGGGAAUUUAUAAAUACGUAUUUUUGGUGUCGCGUUUGCGCGAUGGUACACGACGAAAGACCGCCAAAAUAUUACAAAGAUGUUAAUGAAUGGUGGCGUGGCGACGAUGUUUGCACACUCAAUUCAUGGAGAGAAAAUGAAAAUCACGAGUUGCUGAAUAAUCUUGUCAAGGAAGAUUAGGUGCUUAGGUAAUUAAUUUAAUUUUUUUUUAUAUAAAUUAAUAUUGUUUGUAAAGAACUACAAAUAUUAAGCCAAAGUUUAUAUUUUUUAAGUGUUAUCUAUUUUUUUUUUAUCUAUUAAAUUAUUUCGGUACGUUAACUAUUGCAAUAAUUGCAAUAAAUAUAUUGCUUCCUAGGUAAGUAGAUUUAUUAAUCUACUAAGUAUACAUAUAUAUGUGUAUAUUAGUUUAAAUAAAAUUUUUGAAAACGUUAAUCGUAAUUAAACUUCCAUUAAAUGAGUAAUGGCUCACUUUUAAAGGCAAAAAUAUCAUUACUAUUAAAGAAGUUCAUUAUUUGAAUAUAUUGUGGGUCAUUUUAUUAUCUUUUUUCUAUAUAAUUGAUGUUACAAAUAACCCUGGUGGAUCCAAAUUACUGUAAUUUACGGCAUUCUUUGGUAUCAUGCGGGUUUUUACUGUAAGCUUACGGCAUUUUACGGUAAACGCACGGUAUGUGUACCGUAAAUUUACCGUAAGACAACAGUGAUUUACGUUAAAAUUUCGGCAAGCCUGCGGUAUUUUACGGUAGACUGAAAUAUUGCACUUUAAAAACUGUAAAAAUAAAAAACAUACGGUGCUUAUGGUAAUAAUGCUGCAAAUUACGGUAAAUAGCCGCCUUUUGCCGUGUAAUACCGUAAAUUGGGGCAAAUUACCGAAUAAUCUUGUAAAUUGGGGCGAAACUGCCAUAGAAAAUGCCGUAUUUUACGGUAAAUUACGGCGAAAUGCGAUAAAUUACCGUGAUUAGGAUCCACCAGGGAACGCAUAUCCCCAGCAGAUCCGAAUUACUGUAAUUUACGGUAUCCGGCAAGAUUACCGUAAAUUGUGAUAAAUUGUUGUAAUUACCGUAAUUUACCGCAAAUUUUGGUAAAUUGCUUUAAUUGCCGUAAUUUACCUUAAUUUGGAUCUGCUAGGGAUAUUUAUUGAAUUAUAUUUACCAAAAAAAAAAAAGAAGAGUUUCAUUGAAAUUUAACCCGGCUCGAAAAUUUGAUCUAUUUUGAAUAAAACAAAAAUUUCAAGUUAUUCCUCUUCAAUUCCACUUAUAAUUUAUCUUAACUAGCAUGUGAAAUUUGAUCGAAUUUUAUCCGUACUAUUUUUCUUUAGUUAGGUUAUUUUCCGACUUGUUUUCAAUAAUUUUUAAUCUGCUUUUAGUCGCUUCUAGAUGAAAAUCGAACUUUUUUUGAAUAUAUCGCCUCCCUAGCAGAUCCGAAUUACGAUAAAUUACCGUAAUUUACUGCAAUUGCGGCACCCGGCAAAUUACCGCAAUUUACGGUGAAAAUAGGUAAUUUUAUCAUAAAAAAAUAAUAUGCGGUAAUUAUUCUGAGCACCGAAAUUGCGGUAAAUUACGGUAAUUACCAUAAUUAACCGUAAUUCGGAUCUGCUAGGGCUCUCUCAAUACCGCGAAUUACGGUAAACUACCGUAUUUAUCGUCAAUUACCGCAUUUCCCCGCAAAAUGUCGUAUUUACACGGCAAAUUUGCUCAUUUUACGGUAAUUACGACAAUUUGCUGUAGUACACGGCAGUUUAUGAAAAUUUGCGGUAAUUUACCAUGACUUGCAGUAUUUUUUACCGCAAACACGUUACAAUACUCUUCUCUAUGGUAAAAUACCGUACUUUUGCAGUAAAUUCGCAUGCUUAUUAUGAAAUGCCCCAUUUUUACCAUAAAAUACUGCAAUAAUCGUUGUAAAUUUUCGGUAAAUUACCGUACUCUUACUGAAAAAUGUCGCAUUUUACCGUAGUUCGGAUCUACUAGGGCUUCUUUUGAAUUUAUCCAGACCAAAUUAGUCUUUUACUUCUUAUUAUUUUGAAUAGACGGUUUUUGACAGUUCCUCGAUCAAAUACAGCUUAAAAUUUUUAUAAAAAUUUAAAGACAGACCAAUUAGUCCAAAUACAAUCUAGUCAGACUAAAAUCAGAUCAAAUUUUUCGACCCGGGAAUGUUAUUUUCGUUAUCAUGCACGGGUACAUGCCCUGGAACGGCGACUAAUCGAUAACUAAUCUAUGUUUGUACUGAGUUUUAAGUCUAUAGAUUACAAACUUAAUAAAAAUUACACUCACAUGUUAUCUUAUGAAAGGUAAAAGAAAUUAAUAUAGAAUCAAAUAGUAAGGGAGUGUCGCAUCUUUACAAAUAAUUGAUCGAUAUUUAUUUAUGUCCACAAAAAUAAUAUCUAUACAAAUAUAGUCUACAAAAUAAUUUCUAUCAAUACUUUGUACAAGAAUAAUUUUCUAAUUUUUGCAACAAAGAAAUAAAAAAUCUGAACUUUAUCUUUUCGAAUCAAAGUAACGAUAGUUAAUCUAAUGUCAAUAAUAAAUAAUUAUUAUCUGAGCUUAUCGUUGCAUCGGAAUAUUUCCUAUAAUAUCGUGCAGUAUAAAGCUGUUUGUUGGGUCAAAAAAAACAUACAAUAAAAUUAUUCUUGUCUAAAACAUUAAUGGUGUAGAUAUUACCGGGUAAAUUUCAAUCGUACACGGAGAGAAAUUUAUGUUCCUAGCACGUUUAUGAAAUAUCAUCCGUUAUGGUAAUGAUUACUUGGAAUUAUGGGAUAUAGGCCGAUACUUUCUGGGAAAAAUUCCCAUAAGUAUGGGAACAAUUUCCAUUAUUAUGGUAACAGUUCCCAUAUCGCAUAGUAAUAGAAUUAUGGUAAUGAUUACCAUAAUAUUAUGGUAAUCGUUACCAUUAUACUAUGGUAAAUGUUACUAUAACAUUAUAGUAAUGGUUACCAUAAUAUUAUGGUGACGAUUACUAUGAUAUUAUUGUAACGGUUACCAUAUAUUAUAGUAAUGGUUACCAUAUAUUAUGGUAAUGGUU